UUUCUGCGAAUUGCGAGCAUGAAAAAGAGAGAGAAACGGUAAAUUAAUAAUAACGUUGCAAUUAUACAAUCAUAUCAAAUUUUAAUUAUAAAUAAAUACAGUAUGUACUUUGGUAUAAGUACACACAAGUUGUGUUGAAACCGAGCUAAUACAUCGAGUGAUUUCUUUUUGUGAAGAGAUGUAGAAGAUCUUCAAAUAUGAAUACCUAUUCUUAUCCUUAAGACCUCAACUUGAGAGUGAAAAUAACAUCACUUCAAAACUACCGCUACACCGAUUGAAAGCCAACACUGCCUCCAAAAUGUCAUUUGGAAAAUUCCUACUGAUCAAGCUGCACUACUUCUUAUUCAACGCAGGUGUAGCACCUUUAAUCAUAUUUGGGCCCACGAUAGCCAAACAAAGUGGAUAUGCAGCAGUUACCGUCGGUCUAAUGUACACCAUCCUGCCUCUGACCGGACUAUUAGUGAAAACAAUCAGCGGCGCGAUUGCCGAUAAAUUCAAUAAGAAGAAACUAGUGUUCCUGUUAGCUAUUUUUUGCUGUUUAUUUUCUACCCUAUGUAUGGCAUUCCUAUCUUACCCUACGAGCAGGAAAAAGACUACUUUACUCUGCGGUUCUGACUUGUUCCUUAGUACGUGCAACGAAAAAAUCGUACAUUUGCGAAGAGAGCCGGCCUUUAAUAAAAGCAACUCGGUCGAUAUGAAUUGCGAGAUACGAUGUUACAUUAAUGAAGUAUUCGCUCGAGAGAUUUGUGACCACUGGGGCCAUUGUUCCGAUAAGCUAAAAUAUGCCAUCAGUCAUACUCCUGAUUCACCGUCCGAACCACACAGUCCGUUCAAUCAGCAAAUUGCCAUGUUCGUAAAAAUAGAAAAGAAGCAUAUAUUCAGACUGAACAAUUGCAUCUAUGCUUUAGUCAAAGAAAACGCAGAUUAUAAGCAGGAUGAAUUUACAUCGCAUUAUUGUACGAAGCACGUGACUGCUAAUUGUACGACAGUCUGCGAUAACUACGAAUUCAUGAACUUACUGCAAACCGAAGGGUCGCCGUUGAAAAGCGAUUUGAGCAAGGGUGCAUUUUGGAUUAUAUUUAUAAUAUUUGCGAUCAAUUGGGCCGGUAUGGCGUUGACCAAUAGCAUGUCAGAUACCGUAUGCUUCGAUAUUUUAGGUAAUGAACCUCAUCUCUACGGUAAACAAAGAAUGUUCGGAGCUUUAGGUUGGGGACUAGUUAGCAUAUUUGCUGGCUGGAUUGUAGAUGGAUUCAGCGACAAUUUCUUCGAUAAAAAUUACAAACCGUUGUUUUAUUUCGCAUCUAUUUUGUUAUCUGCGGAUUUGAUCGCAGCUGCUUUCAUCACGGUGAACAAAACCGCGGUCACUAUAUCGAUAUUUAGAGACGUGCGUUUGCUAUUUUCUGGAUGGAGAACGACUGUAUUUGCUUUUUGGUGCUUCGUUACCGGUUUAUUUUCCGGUAUUGUAUGGAAUUUCUUGUUUUGGUUUUUAGAAGAUAUUUCAACGGCUGAAGAUUUACAAUGGAGUAAAACUCUUCAAGGGUUGGAUUCUUUGUUCACUACCAUUAUCGGAGAGUUACCAUUCUUUUUCAUUUCCGGUUGGAUAUUGAAAAAAUUGGGUCAUAUAAGACUGAUGUCAUUGGUGCUAUUCGCCAUAUCUGUCCGUCUGCUGGGAUACUCACUGCUCACAAGACCAGCGUGGGUUUUACCUAUAGAAUUAGUAAAUGGGUUUGCUUUUUCCAUGUGUUACGUCGUAAUAGCCUCGUAUUCCAAUUUAAUAGCACCUAGAGGAGCCGAAGCUACUAUACAAGCGUUGUUCAGUGCCCUAUUUGAUGGAUUAGGUAUUUCAUCUGGCGGACUCCUUGCUGGAGUUAUUUAUCAUCGUUACGGUGGCAGAUUCCUGUUCCGAUUAUUCGGUUAUAUUUCCGUUAUCAUCGGAUUUGGUCAUCUUUUCAUCCAGCGCUGCUUGGAUUCGAAGACUGAAAAUAAAUCCGGACAAGGACCAAGACUUAAAGAUGAUCUUUCUUCGGCUCAGUAUUCAAGUCCAAAUGAUGCCAUCAGAAUAUUGGAAAGUUCAUAAAAGAAACACAUUAUUUGAAAAUCAAAAUGACCGUAGCUUGUGUUAAUAAUAAUUAUAAGAAAUUACGUUUACUUUGGUACCUAGUACCUCUACCUACCUACGAUGUGGAAGAUGAACAAAAUUUUUUGAUUUUUUUGAAUCGAAGCGUAGCUUUAUUUUUAUUUCGACUUCUACAUUUUCUUCGUGUUUUUUUUAUUUUUCUUAUUUUGUACCUACAAAUUUCCAUGUUGUUGUUGCCUUUGUUACUUUUUUAUUUAUUUAUUUUGAAUAGGAAUUCGUUACGUGUUUAGUCGUUUCAUAAGUAUUCUGGUGUUGUUUCGUUUCAGGGUUUAAGUAAAUGGUAGAAUUUAUUA